AUGACGUUAUCUAUCCGAGAUCUGGAUCCGGCCGUAGCGAUGCAUCACCUAACCACAGCGCUAAGACCCGGACCUUUUGUCAACAGCCUGUGCAAGAAGCCACCCCGGGACCUGGAUGACCUGCGACAAAGGGCUACCAAAUACAUGCAGAUGGACGAACUGGCGGAAUUCCGAAGUCAAAAUCGACCCGAUCUAUCGCUCGCCAAAAAGGAAAACGACAAAGAGCCUCCUAGACAGCGCCAAAGAGAUAUGCCAGAUCGGGACAAGAAUGCCAGGGGGCCGAGAUAUUUGCAGUACACACCACUUAACACCAGCAGGGCUAAAGUGUUGGAACAUGCCCUGGCCACCGAAGUUUUGGCCGUCCCAAGAAGAGCCAUGACCCCCCCGCACGCCGACAAAACAAAAACAUGCCAGUUCCAUCGAAACAGGGGGCACACAACUGAAGAAUGCUCCGCCCUUCGGGAUCGAAUUGAAGAUCUUGUCAAGGCGGGACAUCUUCAGAAUUAUGUUCGAUCGACGGAUCAUCGAGGGAGCGACAAUCGUGAAGGAAGAAGAGAAUACCGAAGGGGGAAUCGAGAUCGAGCACCUCGGCAAAACCGAUCCAGGGAGCGGAGUAGGUCUCAAGACAGGAACCAAGGCGACCGAAAUCAACCCAGACGAGUCAUAAACACCAUUGCAGGAGGCUUUGCGGGGGGCAGAAGCUCAUCUUCGGCGCGAAAGAAGCACCUGAGGGCGAUCAAGUCGGUUAACACUAUAGACCGGGCAGCAGUCAUCCAUAUGCCCCAUAUUACAUUCACCGACCAAGAUUUCCAGGGUGUGGACCCAGUGCAAGAUGAUCCCAUGGUCAUCAGUGUGGAAAUCAACAAUUGUAUUGAAUUGACACCUUACGAUGAGCCUUUGGUGGGGUUCUCAGGUGAGCGUGUCGACACUCGAGGAACAAUAGACCUGUAUACUUAUUUUGGAGACGAUCGGCAGAGACGAAGGAUUAAAGUACGAUACGUCGUGGUGAAUGCCAACACAUCGUACAAUAUCCUUCUGGGUCGACCCUCCUUGAAUAAGCUGAGGGCCAUCGUCUCUACCCCCCACUUGGCAAUGAAAUUUCCGUCUGAAGACGGCAAAAUCGUCACGUUACACGCCGAUCAGAAGACAGCCCGCAAAUGCUACCUGGCCAGCCUGAAGGUACAACCGACUCCGAAACCAACUCGACACCAAGAAGUCAACAUCAUUGGAGACAUUGGUCCCUCCAAGUUGGAAGCCUUGGAGCUUGACCCCAGAAUUGAGGACGAGUAUAGGGUCGAGCCGACGGAGAUAACCAUUCCGUUCCAGCUUGGAAAAAGGGAGGAACAAGUCACAUACCUAAGUUCCCGCUUAACAGAAAAGGAAGCAGAGGACAUCAAGCGAAUUUUGUUGAGAUACUCAGACCUAUUCGCUUGGACAGCGGCCGACAUGCCCGGCAUCGACCCUGGCUUCCAUUGUCAUCGACUCUCGGUCUGUCGAGAUGCCAAGCCUAUCGCCCAGAAAAAGAGGAAAAUGGGGGGAGAUAGAUCUCAAGCAAUAAAAGAAGAGACUGCCAAAUUACUUCAAGCCGGAUUCAUAAGGGAGGUCAAGUACUCCACAUGGUUGGCCAACGUGGUGAUGGUUAAAAAAUCCAAUGGGAAGUGGCGAAUGUGCACAGACUACACGGAUCUGAACAAAGCAUGCCCAAAAGAUGCUUACCCUCUGCCCCACAUCGACGCAUUGGUCGAUGGAGCGGCCGACCAUCAGAGAUUAAGUUUCCUAGAUGCUUAUUCGGGGUAUAAUCAGAUACCGAUGUACCCCCCAGACGAAACCAAGACCGCAUUCAUCACAGACUCAGCCAAUUUUUGUUACAAGGUAAUGCCAUUCGGCUUGAAGAAUGCAGGGGCCACAUACCAGCGCCUCAUGGACAAGAUUUUUUCUCAACAAAUUGGGGCAUGUUUGGAGGUCUACGUGGAUGAUAUGGUGAUCAAAUCCAACUCCGCCGCUGAUCAUUUAAGAGAUCUGAAAGUGAUUUUUGACGAGGUAAGGCGGCACAACAUGCGAUUGAACCCAGCUAAAUGCACCUUCGGAGUAGCAGGGGGAAAAUUUCUCGGCUUCAUGUUGUCAAAGAGAGGCAUAGAAGCCAACCCGGAUAAGUGUCAGGCCGUUAUCAAUAUGAGAAGCCCUCUUAACGUAAAGGAAGUGCAACGCUUAGCCGGACGAAUCGCUUCCCUAGCCCGAUUCCUGCCCUGCAUGGCGGACCGAUCCAGACCCAUUAUGUCCCUACUAAAGAAAGCCACCAAGUUUAAGUGGACCGAUGAAUGUGAAUCUGCUUUCCAAAACUUCAAGACGAUACUAACUGCUCCACCGUUGCUAGCCAAACCAGACCCUCAGCUGGACAUGAUAGUAUACCUUUCGGUCUCAGACAAAGCCAUCAGCACUGUAUUAGUGCAAGAAAAAACAGAGCAGAGGCCGGUAUACUUCAUCAGCAGGGUCUUACAAGAGGCCGAAACGAGAUAUCAACAUCUCGAAAGGACCGUUCUCGCUCUUGUGCAUACAGCCAGGCGUCUUCGACACUACUUCCAAAGCCACAGGAUACUGGUCCGAACAGAUAGCCCCAUUGCAAAAGUCCUACGAAAGCCCGAAUUGGCCGGAAGGAUGGUCGCUUGGUCCAUCGAAUUGUCGCAAUUUGAUAUUCGUUUUGAGCCAAGGGGACCCAUCAAGGCGCAAUGUAUGGCCGACUUCAUCAACGAAUUCACUUCGCCAGUAACCCCUGAGCCACACUCAUGGACACUACACGUAGACGGAUCGUCCAACCAACACGGCAGCGGCGCCGGUAUCAUUUUGGAAGGACCGGGGACAAUAAUAAUAGAACAAUCAUUGCAGUUUGGAUUCAAAGCCUCUAAUAACCAAGCAGAAUACGAGGCCCUUCUCGCGGGACUAAGGUUGGCCGCCGAACUCGACAUCACUAAGCUCCAGUGCUUUAGCGAUUCACAAGUGGUAACAGGGCAAGUUAACGGCACUUUCCAGAUCAAAGAUCCGACUUUGCUAUUGUACUUUCAUGCUUUCCAUAAGCUAAAAAGCAACUUCGAAGAGGUCCGAGUCACGCACACUCCCCGGGAACACAACCUUAGGGCUGACCAACUAGCUAAACUCGCUAGUAGCAAGAAAACCAGCCAUUUGCGUAGCGUGAUACAACAACAGUUACUUAGCCCGAGCAUCAAUGAAACUGAAUGCCUGAAGAUUGAUCAGGGAAGCCCGUGUUGGAUGGAUGCCAUAGUAAACCACCUUCGGACCGGGGAAUUGCCCGAAGAUUCCCUAGAAGCGAAGAAAAUGAGGACCACAGCCGCACGGUAUACGUUGAUUGCCGGAGAAUUGUAUAAGCGAGGCAUUUCCUCCCCCUUGUUGAAAUGCCUCACUCCCGAGCAGGCAAGCUAUGUUCUCCGAGAAAUUCAUGAAGGAGUGUGCGGAACUCAUUCUGGAAGCCGGACUCUCGCAACAAAAGUGAUUCGGGCCGGUUACUACUGGCCCACCUUGAAAACCGAUUGUGCUAAGUUUGUACAACAUUGCAGGCAGUGUCAACAACAUGGACCUCUGACGCAUCAACCUCCAGAGGAGCUCCAUCCUAUAACCACUCCAUGGCCAUUCUCUGUUUGGGGCAUGGACAUUCUCGGACCAUUCCCGCCGGGUAGGGGACAAGUGAAAUUCCUGGUAGUGGCAGUAGAUCACUUCACUAAGUGGAUCGAAGCAGAAGCGUUGGCUACCAUUACGGCCAACAAUGUCCAAAAGUUCUUCUGGAAGAAUGUCGUCACACGUUUCGGAAUCCCAUACGCCUUGAUAACGGAUAAUGGUCUACAAUUCACCGAUCGACGCUUCAACGAAUUUUUGACCGAGUUAGGUGUCAAACAUAAGAUGACCUCGGUCGAACAUCCCCAAUCCAACGGGCAGGCUGAAGCGGCAAACAAAGUCAUCUUAAAGGAGUUAAAACGACGACUUGGACAAGCUAAGGGAUCCUGGCCGGAUCACUUACCGGACAUCCUAUGGGCAUACCGGUGCACCCCACAGAGUUCAACCAGAGAGACCCCUUUCCGGCUGACCUACGGCACAGAUGCAAUGAUCCCGGUUGAGGUGGGGGAACCUUCGCUAAGGCGAACACAGUUCGAUGAAGACACUAACCGGGAAGCACUCAACAUUGAGAUGGAUUUGGUAGAAGAGAUCCGAGACCAAGCUCUUAUCAAUAUGGAGGAUGAACGAACGUUCCCUCCCGAACUACCUUGUUCGGCCAAGGGCGAACACUUAUUCCCUCCCGAGUACCCUAACUCGGUCAAGGAUGAAGUAAUAUUCCCUCCUGAGUACCUUAACUCGGUCAAGGAUGAACGAACAUUCCCUCCCGAACUACCUUGUUCGGCCAAGGACGAACACUUAUUCCCUCCCGAGUACCCUAACUCGGUCAAGGACAAAGUAACAUUCCCUCCCGAACUACCUCGUUCGGCCAAGGAUGAACACUUCUCCCCUCCCGAGUACCUUAACUCGGUCAAGGACGAAGCAAUAUUCCCUCCCGAGUACCUUAACUCGGACAAGGACGAAACAAUAUUCCUUCCCGAGUACCUUAACUCGGUCAAGGACGAACACUUAUUCCCUCCCGAGUACCUUAACUCGUUCAAAUGGAAGCAAGUCUCCAUAGAAAAACCAAUUCAUUUGAAAGCACAACGUCUACUUAAAUGCGUAAGUAUAAAAAAGUCCGGAUAG